UGUAUAUUUUGUCUGCUUUGUUCAUCUAUUCUAAUUGUUUAAGGUCUUGUAAGCAUGGUUGCUCGGUCAUUGUCUGACAGCGCUCUGCUUGGAAGAUUUGUAGUCUCUGUUUUUCAUAGACAAUAUAAUAGUGGGUAAAGUUCAAUUAACCAUAGUUUCUAUUUGAUUUCUUCCUUUAUAAGUUUCAUUAUCCUUGGAAACCGAUAGAUUUUAUCUUAUCAAACAUCAUUAUUUGUUGAAAAUAGAUCAUUCAUGGAGUCUAACUUGGCCCAUGAGCAUCUCUCUUUGUACAUCUCAUGUCACUAUGGAAGGGAUAUGAGCAUGAAAAUAGAUCUUAACAAAGAUCAAUAUCGUCCUCAGGUUUCACACCAGUAUUCGACCCUUAAAAAAAAAGAACUUCGUAUUGAACAUCAACUUAAUAACACGAUGCACCAAAAAAAAAAAAAAAAAAGUAAAAAGGAGCUAGCCCAUCAACAUCAAUUGAUGUAGCUUAUUGUUGAAUACAAAAUCCUUAUGAUUUGGUACCACAUAAUGAACUAAUAGUUAGCUGCAAUAAGUAUGAACAAAAUAUGAUCAGCGAACAUACUCAUACAAAAGCAUGUAUUUUGUGUAUGAAAAAAGGGUUGGCUGCUGGUAAUAUACUCAAAACAAAUGAUUAUAUUGUUUCCCUAAACAGUUUCUCUUAUCUUCCACAACUUUUAUGAUAUAAAAGGGAGAGGGAAACAUCUAUUUUUAGCAAGCCUAGCUUCCAAAAGCAUCUAUACUUCUGGUGGCCUAAAACUUUCUCUCUUCUUCUUUCUUCAUAUAUUUUACAAUGUCAGCUGUGGUUGGUUCUCUCUCAACCAAGAACGUUAAGUUCAACCCUCAAGUAGGGGAGGAAGAGUUAGGUAAGUCUAUGAACGAUCGAGAAGGAGAAGAGAUUAUUGAAGAAGACGAAGAUGACAAACUUAAGCCCGAGGGAGAAGUCGAUCUCGGUCCUCGGUUCUCUAUCAAGGAACAACUCGAGAAAGAUAAGGAUGAUGUAAGCUUGAGAAAAUGGAAGGAACAGUUGUUGGGUAGUGUUGAUCUCUCUGCCAUUGGAGAAAGCAAAGAAGCAGAAGUGAAAAUCCAGAGCCUAACAAUCCAAUGUCCAGGGCGAGCAGAUCUUGUGCUGCCAUUGCCAUUUACCAAAACUUCCAAGAGCAACAGCCUCUUCGCCAUCAAGGAAGGCUCCCGAUACCGACUCCGAUUCAGUUUUAUCGUCGUUGGGAACAUCGUUUCCGGUCUCAAGUACACGAACACUGUCUGGAAGACUGGUGUGAGAGUGGAUCACACCAAGAAAAUGCUGGGAACGUUCAGUCCUCAAAAGGAGCCAUAUGUGUAUGAAAUGGAAGAAGAAGUCACACCGUCUGGAAUGUUUGCGAGAGGCUCUUAUUCUGCAAGAACAAAGUUUGUGGAUGAUGAUGGGAAGUGCUUCUUGGAUGUGAGCUACCACUUUGAAAUCCAAAAGAAUUGGGCAACACCCUCUUGAGAUAUUGUUGCAAAGGGAGAAGCUCUGGGUUUGGAUAAUGCUUCAAUUGAAAGGCUCAACUUGUUGUGUUACUUUUUGCUGCAAUCCAAUAGGGAUUUGUGUAUCACUUUUGUUCAUUCAAUAUAUAUUUUAGCCGACGAACUUACCUUUCGGUAUCGGUGCAUACCACCUAAUUGGUUACUUCAAUCAAUAUCUCAACGUUAAUGGUUAA